AUGGGACACUUCCGGACACGCAUGGGGCGGCCAGAGACACCGAAGUGUGUCCAGGAUGGAGCAGACAUGGAUGUGGCGGCCGACGCAGACUUCUGGUCUCUCGAAGAGAGAGUGUUUUGGGGGAAGCUCCAAGACAUGUGGAAAGAUGGAGAUGACACAUGUGGACGCCUCUCCGAUGGCGAGGAGAGGCGCUUUGGCGAGCUGAUGCUCCGUGGUCCGCGCGUGCCGGAGAGCCACUUCGUGCUGGGCGGCCUCGACAAGUGUGACGCCCAGGCGCGCUUGCAGAGCUCCAGCGGAGGGCCGGGCGAUCUACGGUGUUUGCUUGAGGAGAACGUGGUUUUCCCCAAACAAGGCAGAAUGGGAGCGCUGGAAACGGUACAAGGCAUCGGGUCAGGGGUGGCGGAUCAGGACCAUGUCCGCCCACCAGAAGAAGUAGUCUUGCAGGCAGAGUUCCAGGCAUCCGGUGGAGAUGGAGGUGGUGAGGAGAAGUUGGAGAAGUUGCAGUUGAAGGUGAGUGGCGCCUUUGCGCUCUUUCUGGUGCAGGGCCCCCUGGUGCCCCUCUCCUUCCGCGAGCGGUGCCUGGAGGCGGACUUGGAGGACCGGCUCGUACAGGUGAAACGACCCGUGCUCAGCUGCCAAGUGCCACGCCGGCCGCCACGGAGUUUGCGCCUGGGCGCCGCCAAAGCCUUGAGCCGCGUGGAUCAGCUGAAGCGCUUGGAGGCGCACUUCACACGGGAAAGGGGCCGCGGACUCGGCGUCAUGCGGGAGUUCUUGGCGCUUGCCAUGGAGGCCUUCAUGUCCGCCAAGAGUGGCAAGAACCUUGAGGAUGACCGUGUCAUGGCACCGCACUUUUCACCGUACGCGAACCGCGUCCGAAGCGCCGUUCACGUGCUGCGCUGCGACGUGCUGCAGAGUAGCAGAUGCAGUUCCCUUUUCUCUACAGAUGGAAAGCGGAAGAGUUGGGGAAGCAACCCCGAAAGUGUGGGCACCAACACGUGUUCAGAGAGUCAGAGGAUUUUGGUGAACUUUCUGCUGAAGCAUGGCUUCUCCAGUGUGCAACAAGUUCAUGGUGGUCUCAUCAAACCCAUCCAUGUGGCUGCGGAGAUGGGAGAUGCCUUGAUCGUGGAGAGUCUGCUGGAGGCAGGAGUGGAUCCCACGCCCAUCCUGGAGAGCGGGCUUUCACCCCGGGAUUUGGCCAAGAUCAAUGAUGACGGCUACGGCUCGCACGCACGGGUCUUGGAGCCUUGGCAAGCCGACAGGAACAAGUUUGCAGCGCCCGCGAUCAGCGGUCACUUCGUGACUCCACGCCGUGACGGAGUCGAACGUGAGUUUGAUCGGACCUUCUGGUUCUCCGAGCUCCCAGCUCCGCUCAGUGCCCAAUGUCAGAGCCUCUUCCGCGCUUGCGGCGUCCUUCUCGCGCAGGCAUUGCUCAAUGGCACGCGCUUGCAGGUCUCUUUCCCACCGCUUCUCUACAGCCUUCUCCUUCGGCACAUAGGCGCCUCCGCACCCCGACUGGGCCUCACAGACUUGGCCUCGCUCCGGCCAUCCUUGGCGAAGGGUCUUCAAGAGCUUCUCCAAUACGAGGGCUCGGAUGUGGGCGAGGUGUUUCCCUUGGACUGGCCCCGAGGACACGAGCUUUGCAGCAGUAAUCGAGCCGAACAUGUGGAAGCAUUUGUCGAGUGGUUCUUCACGGAGAAGUUCCGUUCGCAGCUGAAACCCUUCCUGGAUGGCUUCAAGGAUGUGCUCCACAGCUGCGACUUUUUGCAGACCUUGGUGAACGCCAGCCAGCUGGAGCAAAUCCUUUGCGGGGUGGAGGAGCCUCUAGACGUACAGCAGCUCAAGGUGAAAGCGAGAGUGGAAGGCUUUGAUCACGACUUCAAGGAGAUCUUCUGGUCCGUCCUCGAAUCCUUGGACGACGAGCAGAAGCGCCGCUUCGCCCUCUUCGUCUCGGCCUGUGACAGGAGGCCACCGGAAGGCUGGCAGCACUUCGAAUUGCAGGUCCAAAGGAACGGGGAGGACGACGAUCGGCUGCCCACCGCUUACACCUGCUUCACGCUUUUAUUGAUGCCACGCUAUUCCUCGGGCGAGGUCUUCCGCGAGCGCCUGCUGGCGGCGAUCACCGAGACGGAGGGCUUUGGGCUAAGCUGA